GGUGACGGCUGAGCCCCUCCCGCCCUAGGAGAAGGCAGGGAGGGGCGGCCCUGUAAAAUCUCCCGCGCUUGGGUGUUGGAUGGGCUCGAACGGAAGUGGAGGGGGCAGUGGGCACGAUGGCGGCUACGACUAGGGUGGAGCGCUAGGCCCUUUUCCCCCGGUCCUGGCACGCAGGCCCAGAGAAAAGGGGGUUCGGGCAGGGAUCCCACGAGAUCGAGACCUGAAGAGGCACCGGAAGUAGAGUUGGGCCGAGCCGGCAGUGCCGCCGGAAGUGGCGCGAGCUCCGCGCCCGCGCCAAAUUCGAACAGGCCGCCCGCAGCUCUGGUAAAGGAGCACCGGAAGUGGGGCUGCGCCGUCCCUGCAGCGCCGCCGGAAGUGGCGCGAGCCUCGAGCUCGCGGCAAAUUCGAACGGGCCGCACGAGCGGCGGUUGACAGACAGCCGUUGGUGAGGGCUCCUUCCCGGCGGCGGACCGUGGACGCUCCUCGGGAUCUGGGCCGAGGCAGUUCGCCGAGCCAUGGCGCGGGUAUUGGGCCGAGGGGCCGAGGCGGCCGCCCGAGACGUGAGCACUGCUGAGGAGGGACAAGCGGAGGGACAAGAAGAGAGGAAACAGAAGGCUACCCAUCCUGCAGUUUGGGAAUCCAGCAGUGAUGAAGAGUUUGAAACGGUGUUGUCCCAGGCAAAAACUCCAAAGAUCUCUUCAUGUUCAUGCUGGGAGAAAAGAAACGACCAAAGUGAUGAAGCUACCAGCUCCAGUGAUGAAUCGGUGAAAAGAAAACUAUCUGGAGAAAAGCCAAAAGAAAAGAAAGCCUUCAAGACUCCUUCCAGGGAUGUGCCCAGCUCAGUUCAGGACUCAGGGACCCCUACACCGGGCCUUUCAGGCACUUCGGGGGUAGUACCUACCUUGUUGACUCCCCCAGUUACAUCAGCCAGUAACCCAGAUGCUCCGAAAAGCAGUAGAAGGGUGAAGACUUGCCGGGUGGCCGGCUGUUUCCUGGCUGAGCUGUCGAGUUCCACAUCUGAUUAUGUGAAGUACUUUCAGCUGAAAAAGGAGGAGCUGACUUGGAAGCUCUACCACUUCUUUAACGCCACAAUCUUUGGGAAAAAGCUACCAGAGAAAAUUAGCAUAAACUGGAAUAAAAAGAUGCGUACAACAGCAGGAUACUGCCACUUUUCAGGCAAGGAAGGGGGUCCACAAGCAACUCGUGGCAUCCGCAUUGAGCUUUCGGAAAAAGUCUGUGACUCGGCAGACCGGCUCCGGGACACACUGAUCCAUGAAUUAUGCCACGGAGCUACUUGGCUGUUUCAUGGUGUCAGAGACUGUCAUGGUCCCUUUUGGAGGGUCUAUGCCCAAAGAUCUGCAUUGGUGCACCCAGAGCUGCCCAUGGUGAAACGAUGCCACACUUAUGAGAUUCACUAUAAAUUUAUCUAUGAAUGUUCUCAGUGCAAAGCCAGGGUUGGUCGCCACUCCAAGUCGGUGGAUACCGAUUGUGUAGUCUGUUCUCUGUGCCAUGGGCCUCUCCUCCUCCUCCCACCCACCCCAAAAGCUGGCACAUCUGGGAAGACUCAGCCCACUCCAGCUGCUACAUGCACGAAAACAAGCCACCAUUCUGCCAAGAAGGGAAAAAGGAUUCACUCGCAGCACAAAGAGGAGAUACCACCCAAGGAUGCUGAGACCCAGGAGGGCGAGGUGACUGUGCCUCAGAGCACUGCUGCUUCUAGCAAAUGUAUUUAGGGACAAUUAGCUGGAGAAGUAACGUUAAAUGAACUGUUAAAGAUUUUUUCAGGUGUUUGAUGUAAAAGUUAGUGCUGAUUUAGAAUUCUGUGCAUUUGAGUAGUGAUUUCCUGUCACUGACCAAGUAACAUCAGGAUUGUGGCUGUGCAAAUGUCUAGCUGCCCUCUCCUUCUUUCUCCUUGAACCCAUGAUCUUGAUGGUGUUGGGAGCUGCACUUGUUUGGGUGAAAUGGCUAAGAGGAGGUAAAGCCCUUGGGGAAAGAAGGCAACAACAGCUCUCGAAGUGGGGAGAGAAACAAGACCAGGGAGCUCACAAUCAGGGGCGUUUUAGGCGGGGAUUUUAAUGUGGAUUUUAGCCAGGAUUAGUUUGUUACCGAGUUGGUUUUUAUCUCCCAGGGAAAAACUAAGCACUAAGCAUUGGAGUUUAUUAUGAAGAAUAAAAUCUUUUCAUGGCAUUAGUCAAACCUUUAAUUUAGACACCAACAGCCGGUGCUCCCCAGGGUUCCACCCAGAC